AUACGUCCUGUCACAUGCACGCAUGCAUAUAGCGAAAUUGUGUUGGUAAUUAAUCAAAGGCCGUUCACGAAAAUGGCCGAUGGAAGCGAGUCACGGUUGUUUUCCUCCAAGAGCCUGUACGAAUUGUGCGUGUCCGCGGUGGCGGACAGGUUUCGGAGUUACAAACCGCAUCUCGCCGACCUGCCCAAGAACGUGCGGUUCGAUCUCUAUUAUCAGCUGUACAGAGAGAGGAGAUUAUGCAUAUUGGGAGCGGAAUUGAGCGAUCUGGAGACUUUCUCCAAGAUGCUCAAGGUCACCAAUCGUCGAAUACACCUUCUACAAAUCUUUCAGGCUCCGAUGUAUCAUGGAAUAAGGGUGGGAAAGAAUUUGGCCAUCAGUUACAACGUGCACUGUUUUCAAGUAAGGGAGAAUCCUGCUGCACAGGAUAAGACUAUAAAUCUAGGCUUGAGACUUGGUGGAUUUCUUAGUGAUGCUGGCUGGUAUUCGGAAAGCGAAGAAGUACUGUUGGCUUGCAAGGAAUUGUGUAUUGCCAACAAUCAAACUCCUGAAGAUUGGUGUAGAACAUUAGAUUGUUGUCACAAGCUGUUACAUGCACAAGCGGCAUACUGUGCUUUUGAUGGGGCUGCAGAGACUCAUCAACUUGCCAUAGAAAUGAUAGAACAAUUAAAAAACGCGCAGUACAGUAACAGUAAUCAUGCUGCGCUCUUUGCAGAAUUCAGUGUAUUAUUUUUCAUACGCAGUGAAUAUGAUCAAGCUUACAGGUGGAGCAUAGAAGCCUUAAAGCACUUAAAACCGUCGCUUCCCGCACGGGUCAUUAUCGAUGUUCUAAGACAAGCGGCGAAAUCGUGCGUAGUUAAACGCGAGUUUCAGAAGGCUGGUUUACUGAUUAGAGAAGCUGUUUAUCUCGCUAGAGAGAUUUUUGAUACGGAUCAUCCAAAAUAUAGCGACGUUCUCAUCGAUUAUGGAUUCUACUUACUAAACUAUGAUAGCAUCAUCAAUAGUGUAUCCGUCUAUAAGACUGCGUUAGAUAUUAGACGAGCGAUUUUCGGCAAGACUAAUCUCCAUGUCGCUUUGGCGCAUGAAGACUUAGCUUAUGCUCUCUAUGUAUACGAAUAUAGUUCUGGCAAGUUCGACGAAGCAAGUGAUCACGCUGGAAUAGCUAUAGAUAUUAUGGAGAAACUCUUACCUCCCUAUCAUUUGAUGCUCGCGAGUGCUAAACGAGUGAAGGCGCUUAUCCUCGAAGAGAUCGCUAUAGAUAACGCAUCUACGCCGUUGUCUGAACAAAACCUGUUACUCAAAUCUGAAUGUCUUCAUUUAUCCGCUUUACAUUUAGCCAAAACUGCAUUUGGCGAGAGAAAUGUACAAACGGCGAAGCAUUAUGGAAACCUGGGACGCUUGUAUCAAAGUAUGAGAAAGUUUGAGGAAGCGGAAGCAAUGCAUCUGAAAGCGAUUCGUAUCAAAGAAGAGUUAUUGGGUCCUGAAGACUACGAAGUAGGUUUGAGCAUAGGGCAUUUAGCUUCAUUGUAUAAUUUCCACAUGAACCGGUACAGAGACGCCGAGAAGCUUUAUUAUCGUAGCAUUGCAAUCAGUUUAAAGUUAUUCGGGAAAAGUUACAGUGGCUUAGAAUACGAUUAUCGAGGACUCUUACAUGUGUACAAUAAAUUAGAUGAAUACGAGAAAAUAUUGGAAUACACAGAUACAUUAAAUCAUUGGAAGGAACUUAGAGACAAACACGCUCAAUCUGAAGAUCCACCAAUCGAUGUACAGAAACGUCCACAACCGAUCGCAAACAUAAUCAAUGUGUUCUUUUCUAUGUGAUAUAUCAAUAAGUGUGUCUAAUUCAAAUCUUAUGUCAUUGUAUGUCAUCGAGCGAAUUGUUGGUCUUUGUUGCGUUUAUAAGACAUUGGGCCAAAGUAGAAAUUACUCACAUUAGGGCGAUUUAUCACUGAUCUGAUCGUACGAUUAAAUUAACUGUCUGUCUCGUGUCGAUAUUUUAUAAUACACAUGCAUAUAGUCAAUAUCGCAUUAAGAACAGUUAUUAUCAACAUGAUAUUAAACUUAAUUAAUACAAUGUUGAAAAAAUUGUUAAUUUAUGUAAAUUCGUUUGUGUAAAUUAUUUGUAUUAAUGACGUCAUCGCGACAUGGGUUUUAUUUUAUUAUGAGUUUAAUUAUCUCUGGCUUCAAAUUAGAUUCAGUUUAUCUAAGUUUAUUUCAAUGUAUUGGAGAUUCUUGCGCAUCAAAAUAUGUACAUCCUUUUUAGACAUUUUAUAUAUAUAUACGUAUAUAUAUCAUUUUAAUAUAAAUUUUUCAAUCUAUUAUAAUCUUAUUCAUAUGUCUUUAUGCAUAUGUAUAUAUACAGAGAGUCCCACGGAAAUCUGACAUAGCAAAAAGAUUUGAAAUAUGAGGAAAAAAAGAUAUAAGGCAAAGUUAAAUGGUUUUAGCUGCUCUAACUUUGUGCAUCACUAUUAUGCAUUUAUGUGCAUGCAUGUAGCUGCAAAGUGCAAUCGUAUCAUUUUUUUAAAAUGGAACUCCAUGUUUUUUAAACAUAUUUGACACAGAUUUUCGUUCUUUAUAAAAAAAUAUUAGGAUAUUUAUGCCGGAUAUUAAUUUAGGAGUUAUUUUAAUUUUAACGUUGCAAAAUAGUUCUACUAAUGCAAUGUUUAUCUUCUAAAGAUUAAUGUUCAAAAGACCAUUCUUUAAUCUGGAUACAAAAAUUUACUCGAUCCCUAAGCGAUCUACCAACCUUUCAAGCAUUUUACUGGUAACUUGUUGACAUGCUUGGAUCCUUUGUUUCAAUUUAUUUGGAGAAAAUUCUUAGUAAUAAACUUAAUUUUUUAAAUAAAAUCCAGUAGAGUUGUUCUAAGGAAUUACUGAAUAGCAAAUUAAUAAUGUAAUAAAAAAACAUAAAUAUAAGAAUAAGAUGUUUAAAGUAUGACAAUAAGUCAUUUAUGUUAAUUUGAUUGAAAAAUUUAUAUUAAAUUGAAGCAUAUAUAUAUAUAUGUGUGUGUGUGUGUGUGUGUAUGUGUAUAUAUAUAUUACACUUUAAAUUUGCUAUUUUUGUUGAUAAUUCUAUUUUUCAAAAGUUUUUUUUACUCAGGUUUUUCAUAUAAAAUAUUUUUUUGUUACGCUCGCUUACAGAACGCAUUUAUAAUUUGUUCAACUCAUUGCUUAUUUCAAGAUUACAAUAAUUGUAAAUUUUCAUACAUUGCAUAAAUCUUAAAUAACAAUGAUAAUCAACACAUACAUGCGCUUAUGUUAAUUGUAACAAUGUAAUUAAAAAGAUAAGUAUUAAAGUUCUUAAAAUUCUUGAUAAACAAUUUGGUGAACGAAUGUUUUGUUGUUUGAAAUGUUACUUUCUUUGUAAAAUUUGAUAUAUGAAUUUAAAAAUAUACACAUCCUACAUA